AUGUUCGGAACGAACGGUUUCGUGAAGGUGUCCGAGCGAAACUGGGGGCGACCUGCAGCUUCAGAGGGCCUCCGGAAGAUCCGCUCUGAUCCGGUGCUGCCGAGGAUCGCCGAGGCCCAGGGCCGCGUCCUGGGCGGCUCUGCGAGGAAGGUUUCCAUCGAUGCGGCGGAUGGUUCACUGCCUCAUGUUUCUGGUGGUCUGGUGGCCAAACGUGCAACAGCAUUCAGGCAUGCCACCUCAUUGCUCCCGCCUGCAAGCGUAGAAGAGGCAACGAAUGCAGCCUUGGCCUCGAUUGAGGACAUCAGGAGUUCAGUGGAACAUUUCCAAGGAAGAUCCAACGGAGACAAGGAAGCCUUCUUGGACGAACCAACGGAUCUUCGGGAGGAUCUUCGAUAUCGCCUGGCUCGCUACAGAUAUGCAAGACGAAUCGAGCCGCCGCCGCCGCCUCUUGCAAUGGAUCCAGCGUUCGAGCCUGCGCCUCCCCGACCCGUCCAGGUCGCUGCAGCCCAGGCCCAGAUCAUGUCCUCCAGCUGCUUGCGGAGCUUCCAGCCGGACCGUAGACGCGCCCAGCUGGCAGAACAAGCUGAGCACAGGAGAUUGAGGCUUGAAGCUGCAAAAACAAAGCGGGAGCUGUCGCACCAGGAACUGGAAGAGAAGACACUGGCUGACAUAGACCGCUAUCUCCAAAGAAUGGAGCACUAUGAGCUUGAGAAGAACUCCAGUCGUUCGGGUGGUCGACGACGCCCGCUUGCGUCAUUGACUCUGGAGCAGCAGCUGCAGGAGCGCCAGAAGCAGUUUGCAACCAUCAUGGCAGCUGCUGCUUUCUGUGCCGGCGCCGUCAAGGCAAUGGCUGGAUUUGGUCCGAUCAGCCAGGCAUGCCUAUCCAGGUUCAACCGCAUCAGUGUCCAAGAGAAAGGCAUUGCGGCAAGGCCUUUUGCUUGUGCUGUGGCCAUCAAUUUGUGGCGUUCGCACUACGCUGAAGCAGUCCGCGUUCGACUAACCUGCAAGCUGCAAGAGGCAUCACCACUGUCUGAAGCAUCACGGACGCCAUCAAGCCCCACACGCAGCCCUUCGCGAAGGUCCUUAAAAGAGUCCGCCGACAGGAGCAUCAUGCAGAUGCAGCUCCCUCUCUUAGAGAAGUCCGAGGCGCUUCCAUUUAUGUGGCGCUGCCAGCUCAUGGAGGAUAUGGUCGUGAACCGACUGCGCCUCCGACGAGCCCGUGGACACGCGCGCUGUCUGCUCGCAGCACUCCGCUGCUGGCACCCCUUCCGUGCACUGCGGAUGAUGCGCGAUGUCGUGGCAAAGAUCCGACGCCUACAGGAUUUCCUUCGCAGCGCACUCAUCCGAUUGAAGGCCACGAGGGUGGCACUGAAGGUGCAGAUGCUUCAGAUUGAGCGGGAUCUGGUCGAAAAGGAGCUGGACGAGGAACCGAAAGAGGCAAAGGAUUCCAAGGAUCUUUGCCGGCGGAUGUCGUACAAAGCCUUGGACCAGAAAUCUCAAGAUCAGACCAAAGCCCUUCUUCCUGACACUUGGCGGACGCAGGCAGUAAAUUCUUUAUUGCGGCUUCGAAGACACGAGCAAUUGCAGCUGCUGCAAGAAUGGCGAAUGGACAUGGCGACUUACCACUGGGAGGUGCAGGAAUGGCGGAGAGCGCGCUCUGCAUUGACCUGCCCCAUCAUGCCUCCUUAUCCGACGCAUGUGCCGAGGAGCAAGGAGCUGGCAAAGAUCAUUUGCGAAGCCCGGAGAAAGUGCAGCUGGGUGCAUGUUUGUUGCAGGUUUGCAAUCAUGUACAUGAUGCCAGGGCUUGUCGUUUGGCUGGCGAACUUCUGGGAGAACAUCUGGGAAGCAGCCACGAACGGAUCUCAUGUGUGGGGUGGCGGGUGGGCAGUGAGCAGCACAAAGCGACAGUUGCCGCUCAAAACGUCGUUGAAGAGCCUGGUAGGAUGGUGGGCGGAGCGGCGCACAUGGGCCCGUGUGGCAUUUCGCAGCAACAUCGGGUACUGUAUGGGGCAUGCAGCGAUUUGGGCCGCACUCGUUGUCUGA